UUGACAGUGUCCUCGCCUAGUUCAACUCAACUGUGUCACAUGAGAAUAACGCUGUACAUAAAUCGCCAUAAUAAGCUUUUCUCAAGGUUUCCUUGUGAGCUGUAUCAACUUUCGUCCUUAUGAAGGGGUAAAUCAGAUAUAAGCUGAAACCAUGCUGAAGUGGUUCUCCAAUGAUGAGGGCGGUCCUGACCUGGCAGCCCCAGGGUCUCCCCCGGGGGCAGCAGAGGGGCCUGGCCGGCAGCCAGACCCAGCAGAGCUCCAGGAGCGGCUCAGUCAGACGGAGCAGCUGGUCUCCCAGCUGAAGGCGCUGAUCAGAGAGAAGGAGGCCGCCCUGCAGACCAGAGACCAGCAGCUGAAGGCGAGCGAUGCCAAGCUCUCCAAGAUGCGCCUGCAGCACAAGGCCAAGGUCACGUCCCUCAGCGCCCAGCUGGAGGACCUGAGGAAGGAGAACCUGGACCAGGGCUCGUCUGCCCACUCUAGGAAGGGUGGAGGUGAGGCGGGCGAUCAGGCGAGCAGGGGGAAGGUCCUUCUCUUCAGGAAGAGGGUGGAGGAGUUGGAGCACCAACUUUCCAAAAAAGAUGAGGAAUUGGAGGCCAAGACGCAGGCGCUGGCGUCUGGGAGACAGCGAGGGGAGCACAUGGACGCCAUGCUGCAGGACCGAGAGCGCCGCCUGCUGGAGAAGGAGGCCUACAUCAUCCACCUGCAGACCGCCCUGGCAGGGCCCGCGCCCGCCGCCCUGGCAGGGCCCGCGCCCGCUGCCCUGGCAGGGCCCGCGCCCGCCGCCCCGGCGCUGACGCCCGGAGAGCAGCUGGUGUGUCCAGAGGAGGGCGCUGCCCUGCUGGAUCUGCAGGUGCAGAACCUGACCAGGAGGGUGGGGGAGGGAGAGGAGCGCUGCAGCCUGCUGGAGGAGCAGAACCACAGCCUGAAGAACCUACUGCUCUCUGAGAGAACCCAGCACGAGGAGAAGGAGAACAUGUACAAGCAGAACAUCCAGACGUUUAAGGACAUCAUCCAGCAGAAAGACAGUGUUCUGGCUGAGGUGAACCAGAAGCAUGAACAGGAACUGUUCAAGAUGGUGGCUAAACAAGAUGCAAGCUCUGACCUGGAGCAGCUCCUCAAGGCCCUGAAGCAGAAGCUGCAUGAGAAGGAGGAGGUUCUCCAAGGGAAGAACCAGGUGAUCUCCGUCCUGCAGGAGGAACUGGACGGGAGAGACCAGCAGAUACAGGACCUGUCUGAGCAUGCUCGGCGUCUGCAGGUGGAGCGUGAGAACCUGCGCUCCCAGAUGGAAGCUGAGAAGCAUGUGAUGCGUGCCCAGCUGAAGGACCGCAUGCAGAGCCACGAGGCGGAGCUGAGGGACCGCAUGCAGAGCCACGAGGCCCAGCUGCGGAGCCUGGAGGCGGAGCACCGGGCCGAGCUGGCCGGGGCGGAGCAGACAGCCGCCAUGACAACGUCAACGCCAGCCCCCCCACUGGGGGGAGUGGGGGGGGAUGCGGCCUGCAGGGUAGCAGAGCUGGAGGCACAAGCCAAGUUGAAAACGGAGGAAGCCAGUAAAUCAGAAGCCAAGUUCCUGAAGAUGAAGGCGUGGUCUAAGUCUCGUAUCAGACAGCUGGAGGAGGAGCUAAGGAAGGGCCAGGGUGGGGGUGCGGGCCCGGACCUCUCGGCCCUGCGCAGGCACGUGACUGAGCUGGAAGAGGAGCGGGAGGAGAACAGCUGGAGGCUGGAGCAGUACGACCAGGUCAAGGCCCAGAACGACGUGUUGCAGGCAAAGCUGAUAUUGUACGAGGAACAGCAGAGGAAGAUGCAGUCUGACCUGGAGCAGGUCACCAAGAGGGCCGCCUCUCAGGCCAGUGAGUCAGGCAGCGCUGAGGACGGCCAGCUGCUGGAGUGGCAGGAGAUGCUGUCUGAGGGCGGGGCCAUGAGGUCCCGGGGCCGCGAGGACAAGACCCCUCUGGGGCUGCGCAUGGCCAACAUGGAGGAGGACAGAGAGGUGCUGGCAGGCCAGCAGCAGGGGAUGGAGGGGGAGUUGGCCCAGGCACGAGCCCUCGAGGUGGGCAGAGGCAGGAGGCCGGGGGGCCCGGACCAGCGCAGCCUGGAGGAAGAGUUUGAGUUUGACGGUCGCCAUGGUUUCCCAGACCAGUCCGAGAGCAGCACCCCGAUGGAGGGGGAGAACAUGGGAGGUUGGUGGCCCCAGUACACUUCCCCCAACACAGAAGGCCUGCGCUCGGUGGUGGAGGACCUGGAGCAGGAGAGGAACCAGCUGCAGGAGCAGAUGGUUCUCCUGGAGGAGCGCUGCGGGGAGCUGGAGGACAGGCUGCAGAUGCAGACACGCAUCGAGACCCUGCAGGUGACCUUUGAUGUAAAUGAAGAAAGUCUGCCUUUUUGGCUCUCUCAGAAUGACUCUGCCAGACUGCAGACCCAGCUGUCCAGCCUGCGGAGUCAGCAGGGCAGAGACGCAGAGAAACACCAGCUCCUGGUCGCCAGCCUGAAUGAGCAGCUCAAAGGGCUGAGUGAGACCCAGGAAUGCCUGGAGAGCUCCCUGCUGGAGAAGGAUGCCCGCCUGGCCCAGACAGCCGACACACAGGAGCUGCUGGACGAGCUCAGGGACUCCAUCAAGAGCAAAGACGCUCAGCACAGAGACCUGUCUGACAAGCUGCAGCAAGCACAGCAGAGCCUCAUCAAGGUUUCAGAGGAUUGCAAGUCCUUUGAAAAACAGUGUUCAGAGCUGAAGACCUCAGAGGCUGACCUGUCCCAGAAACUCAGUGAGCUCAAAGAGAAGACUCAGAAGCAGGAGGCGACUAUAGAAACUCUGCAGAGCGACUUGGAUCAGGCGACAGACGAGCUGGACAAGAUCAACACGGCCCACCUGGAGGAGCGAGCUCAGCUGAUCCACGACCUGCAGACCUGCGAGCGGGAGAUGGACCUCCUGAAGGACGUCCUCCAGGAGCGGGACAGGGACAUCGCCGCCCUCCAGGGCAGCAUGGCAGAACACGGGGAGCAGAUCUCCAAACUCACCCGGGAGAUCAAGCUCAAAGAGGAACAGCUGGUUCUCUCGGAAGGUUCUCUGACCAAAGCAGAGAGAGAGACGCAGAUCCUCCGGGACUCUCAGGACUCAGACCAGCGCUCGCUGAACGCCAGGAUGGUGCAGCUGGCAGGACAGCUGCAGGAGAGCCAGGAGGAGCUGAGCCGGCUCCGUGAGGAGAGGGAGGAGAGGGAGGGGGAUGUCCAGGAGCUGACCAAGCAGAUCCAGGAGGACAAGCGGACCGUACAGGACCUCCGCAGGGACAUCCAGAAGCAGAAUGUUCUUCAUUCUAAUCAUCUCUCAGAGUGCGAAGCUCAGAUGAUGUCGCUGAAAGAUCAGGUGACGACAGCCUCGCAGAAACUGCAGGAGUCCAACAGUCUUAUCUCCCAGCUGAGGGAAAGUGACGUCUCCAGUGAAGAACUCAAACACCAGCUGCUAGACAAGGAGCAGACGUACGAGGACGAGAUGAAGUCCUUCAAGGAGGAGCGAAACAAGCUUCUGGCGGAGUUGGAUAAGCUCAACCUAGAAUUACAGACUUUGUCCAAACAGCUGGAGGAGAAGUCUGAAAACGUCUCUAAACUGGAGGAGCUGUUGAAAAGCACGGAGACUGAAAAUAAGCAACUGCAAACUGAUGUUAGAGGAACUACCGAGAAACUAAAGUCCCAAAAGAAACAUGUGGACGGGUUAAGUAAAAAACUUAAAAGUGCUGUUGACCAGAAUGCACAACUGAAAACUCAAGUUAACAGCUUUACUGAGAAUAAUUUGAGUCUGCAAACAGAACUAGCUGAAAUGACAAAAUCCAAUUCAGAACUGUUAAAUGAGAAGAGUGACCUGCAAGGUCACAUAUCUGUAUUUGAAUUACAGAAGUCAGGAAGUAAUGAAAUUAUCCAAGGGCUACAAAAAGACAAAGAGGACCUUAGUGUUAGAGUUCACAAACUGAACGAGGUCCUCGAACAAAACAAACAAUCCUUCUCCGAGAUGCUUCAGGAGAAAACAAAUGAAUGUACAAAUAUUAGGACGACGCUCAGUGCCUCUGAAGCGGAAGCCACAGAUCUGCAGGAACAGGCUGACAGCCUGAACACCCAACUUCAACAACUCCGCGACAAUGUGGACGAAAAGGAGAAGACUGUGUUGCACCUUAGAUGUCAACUCACAACUCUAGAGAACGAGGCUGCCGAUAACAUCAAGUUGAGGCAGGAAGUGGAACAGAGGCAGGCUGCAGUGGUGAGCCUCCAAAGCCACAUCCAGGCCCUGACUGAGGAGAACCAGCGUCUCCACGCUGACUACGACAUCAGAGAGAAGGAGCUUUCUCAACAGAAACAGGUAGCUUCUGAACUCGAUAGCAAGGUCACCGUGACCCUUGAGCAGAGUUCAGUUAUGGGUUUGCAGCUCAACAACCUGACUGAGCAGAAUCAGAAACUGCAACAGGAAGUCGCUACGAAGGAGAAAUUCAUUACCAAACUCAACACAGACAAUAGUUCUCUGCAAGAGAAGAUUUCCAGCCUCAAAAUGCAACACGCCGAAAACCACAAAAUCAUGGACGGUUUACUGAAAGAGAAGGAGGACCUCAGAGUAGCAACUGAAGAACUGAAGAAAGUUCUGGAACAAAAUAAACAUUCGUUAUCAGAGAGUUUGCGGGAGAAGACACAGGAAUGUAGCGAACUCUCCAGAGCUGUCAGAGAGAAGGACGAGACAGCAGCUCGCCUACAGGAGAAUAUCGACAGUCUGAACUCACAAAUCCAUCAACUACACAACCACAUACAGGAGAAGCAACAAGCGUUGACAGAACAAAGCUCGCAAAUAAACAUCCAGCGGGAACAACUGUCUCAGCUGCAGGAAACGUUGUCUCUGCUGCAGGAACAGGGCGCUGCCUUGAAGGCCGGCCUUCUGGAGAAGAGCGCCGCGCUGCUGCAGUCAGCCGAGGAGUGCGGCUCCUUACGGCAGGAAUCUGAGCUGCAGAGAGACGGCUUGUCCAAGCUGCAGGUGGAGGCAGACGCUCUCAGGGGAGAACGGCUGGAACUCAGUCGUCGUCUGGAGGAGAAAGAGGAGACUCUGAAACGCACGACAGGAGAAUAUCAGAAUUCCAAGGAUGAGCUCGAUCAGAGGAACGAGACUGUGAGGUCACUGGGCAGUCAGCUUGGUGUCGUGAAGGAAAACAAAGAGAAGCUUGAGGUGGAAGUGACCCAUCUGAGGACAGCUUUGGAAACCCACGCUUCAGAGAAUGCCAGAUUGAGGCAAGAGGUGGUCCAGAAACAGAAGGAGGUGGUGGAUCUUAGAGAUAAGAUGAAGUCACUCAACGAAGAACUGAAUAAAGUUCUGGAACAAACUAAACAUUUGUUAUCAGAGAGUUUGCGGGAGAAGACACAGGAAUGUAGCGAACUCUCCAGAGCUGUCAGAGAGAAGGACGAGACAGCAGCUCGCCUACAGGAGAAUAUCGACAGUCUGAACUCACAAAUCCAUCAACUACACAACCACAUACAGGAGAAGCAACAAGCGUUGACAGAACAAAGCUCGCAAAUAAACAUCCAGCGGGAACAACUGUCUCAGCUGCAGGAAACGUUGUCUCUGCUGCAGGAACAGGGCGCUGCCUUGAAGGCCGGCCUUCUGGAGAAGAGCGCCGCGCUGCUGCAGUCAGCCGAGGAGUGCGGCUCCUUACGGCAGGAAUCUGAGCUGCAGAGAGACGGCUUGUCCAAGCUGCAGGUGGAGGCAGACGCUCUCAGGGGAGAACGGCUGGAACUCAGUCGUCGUCUGGAGGAGAAAGAGGAGACUCUGAAACGCACGACAGGAGAAUAUCAGAAUUCCAAGGAUGAGCUCGAUCAGAGGAACGAGACUGUGAGGUCACUGGGCAGUCAGCUUGGUGUCGUGAAGGAAAACAAAGAGAAGCUUGAGGUGGAAGUGACCCAUCUGAGGACAGCUUUGGAAACCCACGCUUCAGAGAAUGCCAGAUUGAGGCAAGAUGUGGCCCAGAAACAGAAGGAGGUGGUGGAUCUUAGAGAUAAGAUGAAGUCACUCAACAAAGAACUGAAUAAAGUUCUGGAACAAACUAAACAUUUGUUAUCAGAGAGUUUGCGGGAGAAGACACAGGAAUGUAGCGAACUCUCCAGAGCUGUCAGAGAGAAGGACGAGACAGCAGCUCGCCUACAGGAGAAUAUCGACAGUCUGAACUCACAAAUCCAUCAACUACACAACCACAUACAGGAGAAGCAACAAGCGUUGACAGAACAAAGCUCGCAAAUAAACAUCCAGCGGGAACAACUGUCUCAGCUGCAGGAAACGUUGUCUCUGCUGCAGGAACAGGGCGCUGCCUUGAAGGCCGGCCUUCUGGAGAAGAGCGCCGCGCUGCUGCAGUCAGCCGAGGAGUGCGGCUCCUUACGGCAGGAAGCUGAGCUGCAGAGAGACGGCUUGUCCAAGCUGCAGGUGGAGGCAGACGCUCUCAGGGGAGAACGGCUGGAACUCAGUCGUCGUCUGGAGGAGAAAGAGGAGACUCUGAAACGCACGACAGGAGAAUAUCAGAAUUCCAAGGAUGAGCUCGAUCAGAGGAACGAGACUGUGAGGUCACUGGGCAGUCAGCUUGGUGUCGUGAAGGAAAACAAAGAGAAGCUUGAGGUGGAAGUGACCCAUCUGAGGACAGCUUUGGAAACCCACGCUUCAGAGAAUGCCAGAUUGAGGCAAGAUGUGGCCCAGAAACAGAAGGAGGUGGUGGAUCUUAGAGAUAAGAUGCAGUCACUCAACGAGCAGAAUAUGAGUUUAAACUCUGAACUUCAAAGAGUUGUCACAGAGGCCUCAAAGUCUCUCGAAGAAACUUCAGUCGUCAGGAGUGAAAACAUGACAAGGGACGGACAGAUUAGUAAACUAACAGAACAGCUCAACGCAGCAUGCACUCACAAAGACGGCUUAGAGUCGACCUUACAGCAGAAAGACAAGAAGAUAAGACUGCAGCAGGUGUUAGUGAAGAAGUUAAAGGCCAUGGUAGAAGAGGUCAAAGGUGAGACGGGCCAGAAGGUGGAGACCAUCACGGAGCUGCAGGCCCAAGUCCGUCAUCUUCAGGAAACGAUCGUUGACAGAGACGAGUCGUUGCGCGACUCUGAGAAAGAGCGAAGUGUGCUGGAGGAACAACUCAGAAGCUCGGAGACUCUGAACCUCACAGACUCUGAGAGCCUCAGGGUGCAGCUCCAUUCCAGCGUAGAAACAACCAAACAUCUCCAGAGUGAGCUGACUCGUUUGAAGGAGGAGAACCUCCGGAUGUGCGGCGACCUGACGGAGAGGGACACGCAGCUGAAACAGGUGGUGGACGGAAGCAUCCUGAUAAAGACUCGUGUUUCAGAGCUGGAGGACGUGAUCUCACAGCUGAGGGGUUCGCUCGACAGCCUCACGGCUGAAUCCUCCCACCUGAAGGACUCUCUGAAAGACAAAGAGCAAGCCAUCGCGGACCACAAGAGAUUGUCCUCAAUCGAAAUAAAACGUUUACAUUUAAACCUCCAAGCCAAAGAGUCCGAAUGUGAGAGUCUGAGAGGGGAAGCGUCCGGCCUUCAGGAGUUUAUCUCAAAGCUCAACAAUAAUCUUCUCUCUCAGGCCUCAGAAGCGGCGUCUCUGAAGGAGUCCUUGCAGAGCCAGGCGGGGGCGCUCCACGCCCUGCAGGGACACGCCGAGGAAUCUGCCCGCCUCAACGCCCAGUUAGCCGAGCGGACACAGCUGGCGGCGCAGCUGCAGAGUCAACUUCAGGUACUCUCCGCCGAGUCCGAGAAACUGAGUAGGACGGUGGAAGACAACCAGAGUGCCUUCGUCAACCUCCAGGAGAAAUACACAGCUCUGCUGGAGGAGCACCAGGACGCCAGGAAAGCGCUCUCUCAGAAGGCCGAGGAACUUUACGGUCUUCGCGGGACCCUCGACGACCGUACGGCCGAGGUCCAGACUGCAGAGUCCGCCUCGGAAACGCUGAAGAACGAGUCUCUCUUCCUUCGCCAGGAGCUGCAGAGACUCCAGACGAUCAAUCUCAGCCUCUCAGAGCAACAGGAAGACUCCCUGGCCGCACAUCACAGCAUCACCUCAGCUCUGACGGCUGAGGUGGAGAUGUUCAAGUCCCAGUGUCUCCACACAGCGGCUCAGGUACAGGUCCUGACGGAACAGCUACAGCAGAAAGAGACUGCUGUUCAGUCUGUGAACAGCCAGUACGCCGCCCUGGUGAAACGCACAGAGCACCUGACCUCCCAAAUGAAGAGACUGGAGGAUGAGAACAAGGAGCUGGAGGGGGAGACGGCUCUGACGAAACAGGAACACCAGCAGCAGCUAGAUGCUGUCCUUAAAGAAAAGGCGCAGCUGCAGAGAGAGAUGUGGGCCGUGGUGGCGGAGAGGGACGAGGCGCGGAGCCUGCAGAAGAAGAGAGAGGAGGUCAGGACUCACCAGAAGCAGGAACAGCUCCUGCUGCUGUCCAGCGGCGGGAAGGAAGUGUCAGAGAAAAUGGCCGCCAGCAAGGAGAAUCUACACAGCGAGCGGUCCUCCAUCCAACAGGAGGUGCUGUCUGUGGAGGAGGCCCCGGGGGCUCCCCAGGAGAGGAGCAGUGCUGCGGACGUGAUCAACACCCUGGCAGCCAGCCAGCUCCAUGAGAGGCUGGGUGAGCUCCAGAGGAGGGUGGACCAGCUGAACCAGACCGUCUCUGAGGAGAGGAGCAGGAGGGCGGCUGUGGAGGAAGCUCUCCGGCUGGCGGAGGACAGAGUCAGUGAGUCUGGUUCACCCCAGAGAGACGUCAGUAUUCAGAUGGAGACAGAAGACCAAUGGGAGGGUCUGGUUCUAGAUCCCAACGAGCCUCUUCUGACACGCAAGGUGCGAGGCGGGGUGUUGGCAUGGCGACGCUGGCUGCGAGGGCGGAGCCUGUACUGCUCCAAGCUGCUGAGGACACGGGGGCGCUCGCGCUACCUGUUCCUCUCCUACCUGGUGACACUGCACCUGGUGCUCCUGCUCUGCCUGACAGGGGUGCUGUAGCACACACACACACACACACACACACACACACACACACACACACACACACACACACACACACACACACA